AUGGGUGAUUAAAGAAAUGUGUCAUCAGAUGAUUUGAUUUAUUACUUCCAGAUAAAUUACUUGCAUUAAAUGAGAAGAAAAACAAAACAUUAAAUCCAUUAACCACAACUCUUUGAAACAAAAAUUACUAAAUCAAAUUCAUCUCACAUACCACCUACCAUUUUAAAUUCAUAAAAUCUAUUUCAUACUUCUGUAAAGAACGUUAAACUAAAACCGGAGAAUAAUAAAUUAUAAUUUAAAGCAUCAAGCAUUUCAACGAAGUAGCUGAACUAAAUUUUCGUAAAUAAUAGAAACAUAAUAAGAAGGCACAGAGUUUCUACAAUAUAAAAUCAACCUGAUAGGUGUCUAGAUUCUUUGAUAACUAGAAAAAAAAGUACUAAUUUCAAUUUCACAGAAACUAGCUAAAAAAGAAUUUUGGAGAAGUGUGAUUGGCUAUCGAAACCAAUUAAAAUUAAUAUAGAAAAAACUAGAAUUUAAUAAAUGAGACAUAAUACAAUUAUUGGAGAGACUUUUAAAAAUUUGAAUGGUUGGCAGAUAGAAAAUGAAUAUGAUUAUGACUUUUGA